GGGGGGGGGGUCAAAAGGCCGGCGUUCCGAGGGGGGGGAGCGUUGCGCGUAGAGACAAGUACAUUGAAAGUUGGAGAAGAUGAAACAACUAAAAAGAAAAAGGAAAAGCAAUUUUAGUGUUCAAGAAACUCAAACACUGCUUAAGGAAAUCCGAAAAAGGAGAGAAGUGCUUUUUUCUAAACAACUAAAUACAACAAUUAAUGAAAUGAAACGGAAGGCUUGGGAGGAAAUAGCCGAGUGUGUGAAUGCUGUAGGUGAAGGAGAGCAAAGGACAGGGACAGAAGUGAAAAGACGAUACCUCGACUGGAGAGCCCUCAUGAAGCGAAAGCGAUUGAAUUCCAACAUCAAACUCGUAGGUGCUGGCUUUCACCUUCCUUCAUCCGAUUUGGAUGAUUCUCUCAAUGAAGAUAUUGAUGAGAAAAUUGGAUUUUCAAAUGAAUCUACUUUUGAAUGGCAGAAUAUCACAGACUUCCGGGAAGCAGGUGGAUCGUUAACAGAAGUCAAAGUGGAAGAAGAAGAGGAAGAUCCUCAGAGUUUUGAGUUUCCUAUUGAGGAAGAAGAAGAGAUUCUGUCCUCAGUGUUGCCAGACUCCAAAAAGGAAAGUGAUCUUCCUGAUUUCACCCACAUUGAGGAGUUUGGCAAUCUGAGCUCUGCCCAAGCCAGGUUGGCUUACGAGGAUUCCCAUUUGCUCAUCAGCCUGGAGAAACAGAAGCUGGAGCUGGAGAAGCAGCGCCUGGAUAUUGAAGCGGAGCGGCUGCAAGUCGAAAAGGAGCGGCUCCAGAUCGAGAAAGAGCGGCUGCGGCACAUUGACCUAGAGCACGAGAGGCUUCAGCUGGAAAAGGAGCGGCUGCAGAUGGAGCGAGAAAAGCUGAGGCUGGAGGCUCUGCAUGCCGAAAAGCCCUCCUCAGAGAACGACUCCAGCCAGGCAGAAAAGCCCACUGCGCAGCCCCUGGAUCUAGAGACGGAAAAACUUAAAAUUGAAAAGGAGCGUUUGCAGUUAGAGAAGGAGAGGCUGCAGUUCCUGAAGUUUGAAUCGGAGAAGCUGCAAAUCGAGAAGGAGCGCUUGCAAGUUGAAAAAGAACGCCUGCGGAUUCAGCGGGAAGGGCACUUGCAGUGAAUUUGGUCUGGGGCAAUGCCACUGUGCUUCAAUGUUUGUAUUUUUUUCAUAAAAGAUUAACU